CAUUUAACUAAGACUAAAUAUUAAAAAUAUAUUGCUAUAUUUUACAUCUUCACUUUCAUUACUACUCAAACUAUAGGCCAUGUUUGAAAUAUCUGAAGAUGACAUAUUCAUAGAGAAAUCUUGAGAAACAAACAAGAUUUUUCAUCAUUUAGAACUAAAAGGUGAAUAGAAAAAUAAAAACAAAUUGAUAGAAAACAAAUUCAAAAGCAAAAAGGAGGGAAAAGACAAAUAAAGCACUCAGAAGUACAAGCUUGAAGUGCAUUACCAAGAACAUAAGCUUCUCCCAAUCCUAAAGCAAAGCAUCUGAAUGUUACUUCUUCAGCAAUGGCCAAUCCCACCCCCAAUCACACUUCUCACUCUGUUCUACCAUCUUCAUCACAUCACACCCCCUCCCAUGGCUUCCCCUUUCACUCCCUCACACCUUCUCUUUGUUCACAUUUCCACUGUGUCCACUUUCCUCCUCCUUCUCCCUACACUCAUCCAAAUCCAAGGAGCCAAAGAUGGAUCGAUCGGAGUCAAUUACGGUACGUUGGCUGAUAAUCUCCCUCCGCCGUCUAAAGUUGCAGCAUUCCUCUUGGAUUCCACAAUUAUCGAUCGCGUCAGACUCUUCGAUGCGAAUCCCGACAUCUUACGAGCUUUUGCUCAUACGGGCAUUUCAGUAUCCAUUACAAUCCCUAACGAUCAAAUCCCCCGCUUAGCGAAGCCGAACUUCGCUGAAGAAUGGAUCAAAUUCAACAUCGAACCCUACAUCCCUGCCACCAACAUCAUCCGCGUUCUAGUCGGCAAUGAAGUCUUAUCCACCGCCAACAAAUUGCUCAUCGCGAACCUUGUUCCAGCAAUGCAAAGCCUCCAUACAGCCCUCACCGAAGCCUCCUUGGACCGCAGGAUUCAAAUCUCGACGCCGCACUCUCUCGGCAUUUUGUCGAACUCGAGCCCGCCGUCCACUGGAAGAUUCCGGCAAGGCUACGACACGCACGUCAUGAAACCGAUGCUGAGCUUCUUGAGAGAAACAAACUCGCCGUUAAUGGUGAAUCCAUAUCCAUUCUUCGCCUGCACCGCUGAAAACCUAGAUUACGCGCUCUUCCGGCCCAACCCCGGUGUGUUUGAUUCAGAUUCAGGGAUUUUAUACACCAACAUGUUGGACGCUCAAUUGGACGCGGUUUAUUCCGCCAUGAAAAGUUUGGGCUUUUCGGAUCUGGACAUUGUUAUUGCCGAAACGGGCUGGCCCUCGAAGGGUGACCAGGCCCAAAUUGGUGUCGGCCCAAAAGAAGCUGCCGAUUACAACGGGAAUCUCAUGCGACAUGUGGUAUCAGGCAAAGGGACGCCGCUGAUGCCGAACCGGACUUUCGAGACGUACAUUUUCGCUCUAUUCAAUGAGGAUCUCAAACCCGGUCCAGUUGGUGAGAGGAACUUUGGACUUUUCGAACCGGACCUCAGCCCGGUUUAUGAGAUUGGGAUUCUCCGGCCUACGGCUCAGUCCUCUACUCCGAAAGCCCAUCAAGGCCCAAUUGAAGGCUCAGUAUCCACACCAAGAAGCCCAAGCCCAAGCCCAAGCCCAGUGAGUGAAGGUAAAAGGUGGUGUCUACCCAAAACUGGGGCCGACUCGGAGGCCUUGCAAAGAAACAUAGAUUAUGUUUGUGGGUUGGGCUUGGAUUGUGGGCCGAUUCAAGAAAAUGGGCCGUGUUUUGCUCCUAAUACGGUCCGAGCCCAUGCUGCUUACGUCAUGAACGCCUACUUUCAAGCCACGGAAGGGAAUGAUUCUGAUUGCGACUUUGACCAAACGGGCGCCCUAACCACGGUGGAUCCAAGUUAUGGGAAGUGCAAAUAUUGGUAAAAUGGGAGAUAUGGAGAGAGACCAAUCACCUAUAUUGCCAUUUUCUUAUUACUUAUAAUUUUGUUUGUUUAUUUGAUGUUAUUUACUUAAGCAGCUGAAGAGAGGAUGGGCAGUGAAGGCAAAGAUAGACCGUUGAUUUUUUUUCCCCUUAGCUGGUUGAAUUUUAGCUCAUUAGAUAAUUUCCUGUAGAAAAACCAAAAUAUGUGGCCAAACUAAGUUGCCAUAUUUAUAAAUUUGUCACACGAACCCAAAAAAAAAUGGAAUAU